CGUCACGAUACGGAAGUCAACAAUAGUGUUUGGAAAAAUGAUCUAAAAAUAUAUUUAUGAGUAAAACAUUGGUGUGUCACAACAUUUCUGAAAUUAUAUUACUGCCUUACCCUGAUCAUGUGACAAUUGCUGCUUACUUAUAAAUAUAGUAACAUUAUUAACUACUGUAAGUUAGUGGGGUUUAUUUAGUUUACUGUUAAGAGUUAUAUUAUGAUGAUCCACAAAUUUAGUCAACUUAUUUUAUAAUUAUAAUUGACACUUUGCUGACGGGACACGGUGCAAACCAAUUUAGCCAGUCAGUCUAGUCUUCAGCUAUUAAUUUUUAAAUUUAAAAAGCUUAUUAUAUUAUAAAACUAAAACAGGCUCAAUUUAACUUGCUGAAAUGAAUAAGAUAAGACCUACUAAUAUUUUUAAUAAGAUUGAAAAGUUGGAAUUGGAUAUUCAAAUCACCACUGAAUUGGGGGGAAAAAUUUUAUACUCUAAAAUAAUGAUGCCUAUAUUGUCACAUUCACAUACAAUACAACAUACCAAGAUCAAAAGUGUGUAGUGUAGUGUUUAUACUAUUUUAUAACAUUUUGAAGAUUGACUCCUAAAAGCCUAUAUUAACCAUAUUUAGACAUUUAGCUAAGCCAAAAUUAAGCUUUAGUUUACCUUUAAACUUAAAAGUAAAAUAACUUCUGUGAGUAUGAGAUUGAGAUAAAAUGAUUGAUGACAAAUGACAGCACUUAUUGAUACAGUCUUAUUGAAACUACAAAAUUAAUAUGUUAUUAUCAUUGAUAAGACAUGUGUUUAUUAAUUUGAUUUUUAAAAUAGUUACUUGUUUAAAUGUUACUCAAUACUUUCCUAAUAUUAAUAUUUCUUUCUUCUUAACCAUAUCCAUGUCUUUGUUAUUUAUAUGAAUAUGUAUAAAAUUGUAUUCUUUCAGCCUGACAUUGACAAUGUAUUAUUGUACAGCCAAAUAUUCAGAAUUACAUUUCUUUGUUUUUUUGGUUUUUUUGAAGAACAAUCCAAUAUCUGAAAACUGGAACAGAGCUACCAACAGUAAACCAAAAGAAACUGUUGAACAAAAAGGAACAUCUUUGCUAAAAAGAUAAGUGUAAUUGUCACCAUGCCACUUGAAUUUUUGUUUGGUCGCAAAAAGACCCCUGAGGAAAUGUUGAGGCAAAAUCAGAGAGCCCUCACCAAAGCUAUGCGUGAUCUUGAUAGGGAAAGACAAAAGAUGGAACAGCAAGAGAAAAAAAUUAUUGUAGACAUUAAAAAAAUGGCAAAACAGGGUCAAAUGGUAAGCUAUGGUGUGAUUUUUUUAUUUAUUUUUUUUAUUUUCUUUUUAUAAACACAUUUAAAACCCUGACUCUUAAUUGUUGUUAAAUUUGCUUAAUUUUUCCUAAUAAACCUAUGAAUUGAUAUAAGUUAUAUUAAUGCCACUGGUUGGUAACUACCACACCAAUUUGCAUUAGCACAGUUGUUUAAAGCUUUUAGGAAAACUUGAAAGCUAUUAUAAAAGCCUUGCAACUCUUGUACAGGAUGCUGUCAAAAUUAUGGCCAAAGAUUUGGUGAGAACAAGAAGGUAUGUGAAGAAGUUCAUUUCUCUUCGUGCAAACAUCCAGGCAGUUUCAUUGAAGAUCCAAACCCUCAAAGCCAACAAUACGAUGGCUCAAGCUAUGAAAGGAGUCACAAAAGCCAUGGCAGCUAUGAAUAAACAGGUGAAAUGGAUUUAUAGUUUUCUCUUAAGUUAAUUGAUUCAGACAGAUUUUUAAAAACCUUUUAUUUUAACCUACAUGAACAAUCUCUGUUUGUUUCAAAUUAACUGGCAUGAACAAGAUCUGUUUGUUUAAAUUUAAAUCAGUAUAUGGUGAUGCCUUUUUUGUUUGAGUUCCUCUUACUCUUAUCUUAGAGAGAUCAAUUUUGGAAUGUAGACUAGUCAGGUGAAUACUAGAAUUACUUAUUUUGAAGUGUAUAUAGGUAACAUCUUGAAUCCAGCUAGAAUUAAUUUGGUCACCAGCAUAAUACAGAUCAGAAAAUAAAGCGUCUCUACAGAUCUAUUGCAAAAAUAAGAACAGUAACUUUUAAUGGCUGUAUCCAACAGAAGGGUACCUCCAAUGUGCUGCUCCGGGGCCCGAUAGUGGGGUCUUUUUGGACUUGAAGAGGUGAGCUUUUGGGAGGGUAUUAAAAGCUUCAGUUCAAUGGCCCGCUGAAUUUUAUUCCAGUGUGCAUGAUAGAUGCAUCUUUUCUUUACUAAAUAUAAAUGAAAGGACUGCUUUCAAGCUUAGUAAAUGAAUGAAAUAGCGAAACGAGGUAUGUGGAAGCUUGAAAUAAGAUAACAGGACAAAAAACAAGGACGUUUCGGCAUAAAGCCUUCCUCAGCCAACAAUAGAAAUGAAAAUAUAACAAAGAUAAGAGCACAGUAGACAACUCAAUUAUUAUACAUUCGUGUCUCCGGAAGUGGGAACACAGGAAGCGAGAGAAUAUAAAUAUUGACACUGUGAAAAAUGAAGUCCACAAUAAUAAUGGACCAGAAUAUCCAGGGAUACAUCAACACACAGCAAUAAGAAAAUAGGUGAAAUAUAGGGAAACAGAGAAACAGAAAUAUCAGUAGGAUAUUAUUUACUUUACUAACAAGUGUAAUGGCUGAUAUGCUAAGUUGGGAAAACAAAUUUGUAGAGGAUUAUUUUGGACAUAUUUCUGUCUGGGAAAAAUUUUCCAUUAAUUUGGUUUUACAUUAUUUAAAGAAUUGUAAUGUGAGUGAUGUCCCAGGUACAUGCUGAAUAUUUUUUGCCAUACAAUAUUGUCCUGUUAAGAGCAUUCCCAAUAAAAAAAUUAUCCUUAUCUUUUUCCAGAUGAAACUUCCCCAAAUACAAAAAAUCAUGAUGGAGUUUGAGAAGCAAUCGGAAAUUAUGGACAUGAAAGAGGAAAUGAUGAGUGAUGCCAUCGAUGAUGCCCUAGGGGAUGAGGAUGAUGAGGAAGAGAGGUAAUUAAUAACUUUGCAGAUAUGAUGAGGAUGGUAAUAAUCUGGUAAGCUUUCAGAAUAAAGAUGCUUCAAAUAUUUUUUUGGACCAUGGACAUGGCAGCAUGCAACGGGUAAGUAUAGAGACUCAUCCAGGGGCAAUUUAUAAUUUAUGCUAUCAAAAGUUCUCUGUCAAAUUGCACAAAAUUCAUAGUUACUUUAAAUUCAUUUUUUUAAAUUUAAGUGAAGAGUUAUUUAAAGUCUGAAAUAACCAGACUUGAUAGCACCAAAAGUAUAUUAUAAGUAUUGAAAUAACAGAUUUGUAACUUACCUGAAAUAGUCUUACAUACAUUAUUUUAUACAAUUCAUUUCCUAGAAUUUAUCAAAGAUUGCAAUCAGAUCUUUAUGCAAAAUACUUUGAAAAAAAAUUGUAGACAAGUAACAUCAGAUCACUUGCCCUUUUAUUAUUAUUGGAAUAUAUGUAUAUUCAAGUAUAUUUGUUUCUAUAUCUUACAGUGAUGCCAUUGUAUCCCAAGUGCUUGAUGAAUUGGGCUUACAGAUGGCUGAUGAGAUGUCGGGUAAAUGUAUUUAUAAUCUCUUUUUUUGCUAUCACCAUUUUUUUUUUUUUGGGGUAAAAAAACAGGUAUUUAAGUUACAUAUCUGAUAAGGUCUGUGAUGUUUCAAAUUGAAUUGAUCUUUGGUGAGCUAUUUUAUCCUGGGUAAUGGGGGCGGGGGGCUUUUAAAAACAUGUUUUUCAGUCCUUUUUAACCUUCUUAUAAAUUAAUUAAUUAAUGCAUAAAUAUUGUAUAUUUUCGCAACCAAUAUACCUAAAUAGAUAUUUUUAUCCAAACAGAUAUAUUAACAUUUUAAAAAAAGCAAGCAUGAAAUAUUUAAAUUUUACUUAUUUAUGUGUCAUUUAUUUUUAUUUCAGGUUUACCAAGCAUAGGAAAAACUAUAACUGCAGAUGCAAGCAAAGCACCACAAGCAGCUGCUGUGGCAGAUGCAGAUGCAGAUCUGGAAGCAAGAUUAGACAACUUGAGAAGGCAGUAGUAGUAUGUCUGAACAUUGAAUUUAACAUUGUAAUCAUGCUGUGUGAGUGGACUUUUUUGGAAUGUAUGAGAAGUGAAAAAUUCUGUCAUCAUGUUAUGUUUUCUUACUAUGAAUUUAAGCUGUCAUUUUUUUCUCUCAACCUUAUCAAGCAGUCUGCAUAAAAAUCCAGUUGAAAAGCAAAUAGUUUUGCUGGUCAAAUUAUUUAAAUGCUCUUCACCAAUCAACUUCAGAUAUUGAUCACUUUCAUUUAUGCUUCGAUGUACACUCAAUGUUUUACAAAUUAUAAAUUGCAAACAUGAGAGCAUAUAAAAUAUCUAAGAAAAAUUCAAUUUGAAUUGUUUCUUAUUUUGAUUACAUUUGUUUUUAAUUUUUGUUAUUUGCAGAUGAUGCAAGAUUUCCUUUUAAUACUUUUUUUAAGUUUACCCAAAAACAUGCAUAUGUUAGAAAAUACAAGUUAAGUGUUAGCGAUAGUUUACUGAUAUCUGUCUUGAUUAAUCAUGAGAUAUUUUGAAUUAAUAUUUUACCAAAUUACAUAAUUACAUAACUGUUUAAAAAGUUAUAUAUUGAAAUAUUUUGCUUUUUAUAUUUUUAUCUAAAUUCAUAUUUCACUUUCUUUAGAAGAGGGAAUCCGCACACUUAGGAAAUACAAAUACGUUAUUAAUAAAAUGAUAGUAUGUUGCAUGCUAUCUUUGCAAUUUAAUUCUAUGUAGUAUUGUUUGGAAAUUAAUUUUAAAUGGUUCUCUAGAAAGCGGGGCUGAUCAAUUAGACUAGAGACAAAAGCCAGGGUUUAAAUAUUAUUUUGCCGGACUGCUAUCUAUCUAAUGUGCGUUUUAGUUGCCUUCCAAAAUUGAAAUUAAUAUGUUGUCACAUAUUUUGCGGAAAGUAAAAAUACUGCUAUAGUAACUCUUACUUACACUUUUUAGUUUCUAUUUAAGUAAACCCAUUUGAAUUAAGAUUGAGAAAGGUUGGAAUUUGUCGCUAGGAAAUGUUUGAUAACAAAUUAGUAAUUAUUUUAAUUAUUAAAAGUGUGUAUAUAUAUUUAUGAUAUAUGGAAAAAUAUAAAUGAAGAUACAAAUAUAUAUGUGCAUGUCGUUUUGGUAAGCUUCUACUUUAAAAUACUUGCUUAAGUGGCAAAAUAUUGCUCUGUGAGUGGAAAACUGAAUUGUAGCAGAUGUUCAGUAGUCUGGUAUCAAGAUUUUUGUAUGUUAUAAAAGGUAUAACUCCCGCUUGUUAUGGAAUGCUAUGUUUGUACAGUAAGGCAUUGGUAUUAAUAAUCAUUUGCAUAUCUUGUUUUUAAAGGAAUCAAAACAACAAAAAUAAUGUAAAUAAUUCCAGAUUUCUGUAUCAGUACAUUUUCAGUGUUCUUGAUUGUUCUGUUCCUGAAGUGAAACUAUCUUCUUCAAAUGUUUAUUGUUGGGCAUGGUGUUCAUGGUUUAAUAUAAUUUUUUUACAUAUCCAGUCCGUCAGUGGCUACUACCAUUAUUAUGUAGUUGUAUUGUAGUUGGGCUUAUGUUAGUAUAUCAUAGCCACAAAUAAUCAACCUAGAUUCCAAAAUGUCUCUCAAACUGGUGCUCAUGGAGACACAUGAAGUUGGUCAAGGUAAUUACUAGUAUUUAUCUUCUUAUACAAACAUUUGAAUGAUGCUGUCAUUGGAAAUUGAGGCUGUAUGGGCUUAUUUAUUAAUUUAAAAAAGAAAAAACAGGUAAAUGCUUCUUUUCACCGUCAAAAUAUUUAAAAACCUAUAUUUUAAAGGGCGCUAUUAUUGUUUUGGUCUAACAAGCAGUAAAUAAUUUUGUUGGAUGUAUUACAAUUUACAUCCUUAUCAAAUCCUGAAUAGCCAUGUGAGAUGCAUGGGCGCCCGCAGAAAACUUUCGGGG